AUGCCCGACUUUGUCGGCAGCAUCGAUGCCGGCACCACGUCGGUGCGCUUCAUGAUCUUCAACGAGCGCGCCGAGGUGCAGGCCAGCCACGGCCUCGAGUUCACGCAGUUCUUCGAGCACCCCGGCUGGCAGGACCAGGAUGCGCACGAGAUCGUCGACAAGGUCAACGAGUGCAUCGACGUGGCCGUGCGCCAGCUCGAGGAGAGCGGCAAGGGCAGCAAGAAGGACAUCAAGGUCAUCGGCAUCACAAACCAGCGCGAGACGACCGUCGUGUGGGACAAGAAGACGGGGCGGGCACUGACGCGCGCCAUCGCCUGGCCCGACACGCGCACCACACACACGGUGCGCCAGCUGGCCGAGAAGAGCGACAAAGGCACGGACGCUGUGAAGCUCGAGACUGGCCUGCCGCUCUCGACCUACUUUGCGGCGCUCAAGCUGCGCUGGAUGCUCGACAACAUCCCAGAGGUCAAGAAGGCGCACGACGACAAGAACAUGCUCUUCGGCACCGUCGACAGCUGGCUGCUCUACAACCUGACGGGCCGCAAGGUGCACUACACCGACGCCUCGAACGCCUCGCGCACCAUGUUCAUGGACCUGCGCAAGCAGACGUGGGACCCCAAGCUGUGCGACUUCUUUGGCAUCGACAUGGACAUUCUGCCCGAGAUCAAGAGCUCGUCGGAGGUGUAUGGCACGGUGGCAGAGGGAACGCUGCAGGGCGUUGAAAUUGCGGGCCUGAUCGGCGACCAGAUGGGCGCACUCAUCGGGCAGAAGGCGCUCACGCCCGGCGAGGCGAAGAACACCUACGGCACGGGCGCGUUCCUGCUCUACAACACUGGCGACAAGGUCGUCGACAGCAAGAACGGGCUGCUCUCCACGAUUGCCUACAAGGCCGGCCCCAACGCCGAGCCCGUGUACGCCCUCGAGGGCUCGAUCGCUGUGUGCGGCUCGGCGAUCAAGUGGCUGCGCGACAGCAUUGGCCUCAUCAAGGAGGCCGCCGAGGUUGGCGAGCUGGCGGAGGGCGUCGAGGACACGGGCGGCGUCUACUUCGUCACGGCGUUCAGCGGCCUGCUGUGCCCGUAUUGGGACGACACGGCCUCGGGCAUGAUCAUUGGCAUGACCGGCUACACGGACAAGCGCCACAUCGCGCGCGCUACCAUCGAGGCGGCCUGCUACCAGACACAAGCCGUGCUGGCCGCGUGCGAGAAGGAUUCGGGUGUGCCGCUGGCGUCGCUGCAGGUCGACGGCGGCAUGACCAACUCCGACAUCAUCAUGCAGAUCCAGGCCGACAUCCUGGGCCUAACCGUCGAGCGGCCCGAGAUGCGGGAAACGACGGCGCUGGGCUCCGCACUGCUUGCAGGCGCCGCCAAGGGCCUCUUCGGCUGGGACCUCAGCAAGCCCGAGACGCUCAAGGACGUCAAUGCGGCGGGCAAGCAGAAGUUCGAGCCGAGCAUCUCUGCCGAGCGCCGCAAGGAGCUGCUGCACGGCUGGGAGCGCGCCGUGGAGCGCUGCAAGGCGUGGAACGAGAGCCCGUGA